AUGGAUGCUCUACGAGAAAUUCAUAUGAAAAUGAAAUGCCAGCAAUGCGAUAGUAUUGGUGAGAAAAUAUCACAGAAAUUCGAAUAUUUUUCCCAAAAUUCUGAAUUAAGGUUCGAAGGAUCACUGGAUUUUUAUGAUGAAAGCUUGCGAUCAUUUUUUCUGCGGCCAAUGUCUCGACCAACUGUAAGUCUCACUAUUUUUCAUAUCCGAACAAUAUUUGAUUUUUCCAGAGGUGUUGCCGAUUUGUCCGAUGGUUCGACUGAAAAAUUCGUUCCAGUUUGCUCAGUUUGCUCGUCAGUUUCAGAAUAUUAUCAACUGCCGAUUUUUAUUUUUGGUAUGCUUUUUUUCUCUGAAAUUUUCCGAAAAUCAUUGAUUUUUUUCAGACCAAGAAAUUCUUCCCCAACAAACCAAUAAUAAUAAUACGGGUGAUAAUAUUUGUGUUGAUUGUCAAAGCAGAGAUUCAGAAGAGAAGUAUAUUUUUUCUCAAAUUCUGAAAAUGAAAUCGCUAUUGAAAAUUUGCAUUUACAGAAUGUAUAUAUGUCAAACAUGUCACGAAUUGAAUUUCGAAAAUCAAGAAGACGUCAAAAAUCACGCAGUUUGCUCUGAUUGUACAAUCAAGAAGCAUAUCAGAAAAGGACAUGAAACUGUCGAUUAUUUUCCAUUUUUGGUAAGUUUAUCUCGGUUUUAAUUCAUAUAAAUUCAUCAAUUUUUCAGAGCGCUUAUCAAUUUUCGGCACGAUUAAGAGAAAUCAAUGAGAAAUCGGAAGCUUUUCAAAAUUCGAAACAACUUUUCAAUGAUGCCGUUGCGCGACAUAUUCAAUUGUCCAACAAAGUCCAAGAGACAUUUGGCUCGUUGACUGAAAUGGCAAGAAGAAGCAAAUCUACAAAACAUCAAAUUGAUGUUUUUGGAAAAAUUGAAACAUUUAUCAAUGAGGUAUUUUCUCAAAUUUUCUCAUUCUCAGAAUAUUUCUCAUUUAUUUUUCAGUGCUUGUUGGUCAACUCAAAAACCGAAUCGGAUAUGAACAAGAAUUCCACUGAAAUUGGAAAUAAUCUCGCUAGAAUCAAUGAAUGGUAUGAAGCUCAGAAGGAGUUUUGCGUAGAUGAUUCAGAAACUGUUAAGAUUGAUGAAGCUGUAGAUGCAUAA